CUCAGCGCACUCGAGCUCAAUCACUGAGGCCACAAAAUCUCAUCAUCGAUCCAAUGCUUUCACCAAUCACCUUCGGCACCUUCAUUCUCGUCGCAAUCUUUGGUCUCGCCGGCCUCCACUCCAUUCUUACGUGGUAGAUCGAGACCUGACCCGCCAUGGCUAGGAUCAUCUCUGACGAUUCUCGUCCCACUGGCCGCCCUGGAAGGAGAAGCUCUGCCAAAGACAAGAAACCUCCGCCAUUGAUCUCGUACCUCAUUUUCCUACUCCCCGCUCUCGCCUUUGCCAUUGGCUUCUAUGCCCACUACACUUCCGUCCACGCUUCUCCAUACGACAGGCUCGCCUCGUUGCAGAAGCUCUCACCUCCAGAACUUCGAGUCAAAGCUGGCCUGCCCGCCGAGUUCGGACAAUGGUUGGACUCAUACCCCUUUGCAAAACUGCCCUGGCUCCUUGAUGUGAUCUUCGGAGAUCUCAUGUCACACAACAUGGGCAAAGGCCUCUUCACGCUCGUCCUCUCCGCCGCUACGACUCCCUUUGCCGCACUGAUCUUCGAUGCUCUACGACCAGGUACGCCUCUUAUGCUUGGCAUCGGAUACCUCCUCUUGGUGUGCCUGAUUGGACAGAUUGUGAUGAUAGGCUUUGCGAUCCCUGCCUUCUUCCUCCCCGUCUGGACUUGGUACACCUGGAGGCAAGCCACUCACUCGCCAAAAGUGAUGCGACCUUUACCCUCACCACCAAUGCCCCAGAUCAAGACUGCGAGUGUGGCACUUGGGCUAUCGAUUCUGACUGCCGUGUGGACUCUCUUGGUACCCCCUUCGAGCAGCAAGCACUUCUUCUGGGCUUCAUCGGCCUUCCAACUUUACCCACUGGUCUGGUUGCCUCUGCUGUUCAUCAAGCCUGUAGAGCCGACGAAAGCUCCCAAGAGCCCACGUCUGGCAGCUGCAAACGUUCUCAUGCUUAUGGCUUAUGUCAAUAUCCCCAUUUACUGGCUCGGUCUCUAUCUCUGUGUCCCAGAUCUGCUAACAAUUAUGCGCACCGGCUCAGGCUGGCCAGACGACAUCACACGCCUCAUCUUCUACGACACUGUUGCUCUUACCCUCGCAUGGUACAUCAUGGUUCUGAUUCAAGCUGAAGUCGAUGUUCGCGCCCUUCAAUGCGGCGGUCCCCGAGUGCAUAGGGCUCGUCUGUUCAUCGAAGAUACAGUCUUUGGGAGCGUGGGUGCUGUGCUGGGAGGUCCUGGCUUUGGCAUGGGCAUGUACUUUGCUAGGAGGGAAAUCAUGGCAGAGAAGGCGAGGUGGGGAGUCCAACCAGAUUUUGCAACCGCUGGCAAGGAGGUGAAAGGAGCUGAGGGCAAGAAAUGAAAAUCGCGCGUAUACGUUGACAAUCCAUACUGUCCUGGUCUACCAUCGUCUGAAGUAGAUUUACCAUGGCAUGGCGUAGCUCGAGACGCAGGCCAAAUUACUUGUCCACGUCGUGUGUCCCUAAUCGGUUUCUAGCAAGAGAUGCCGCCAUUUCCC